GUGAGUGUUUCAUUCCAAACGGUUGGUUUCUUUCUUUUUAAUAAUCUUCUUCUUUCACCCGAACCAGAUAGAUAAGCUCUCACCUCCAUGGCAGCUCGCAGAAUCUCCUCCUUCCUUUCUCGUUCUUCCGUCUCUCUUUCCCUGCUUCGUUCUCUAGGGAAUAACUCUAGCAGGGGAUCAGGCUGCAUCCAAAGGUUUAGCACCGCUACAGCAUUUGAGCAACCAAUCACUCCUCCAGUUCAAAUUUCUUAUACUCAGCAUCUGAUUGAUGGCAAAUUCGUGGAUGCAGCAUCAGGGAAAACUUUUCCGACCUAUGAUCCUCGUACUGGUGAAGUGAUUGCUCAUGUUGCCGAAGGCGAUGCUGAAGAUAUCAACCGGGCAGUAGCUGCUGCUCGCAAGGCAUUUGAUGAAGGACCAUGGCCGAAGAUGACUGCUUAUGAAAGGUCAAGGAUACUGUUGAGAUUUGCUGAUUUGGUGGAUAAACACAAUGAUGAGCUUGCAGCUUUAGAGACAUGGGACAAUGGGAAGCCUUAUGAACAAGCAGCAAAAUCUGAAGUGCCAUUAUUAUCACGUCUCUUUCGCUAUUAUGCAGGUUGGGCAGAUAAGAUUCAUGGUCUAACAGUUCCAGCCGAUGGAAAUUACCAUGUCCAGACAUUGCAUGAACCAAUUGGUGUAGCAGGACAGAUAAUUCCCUGGAAUUUUCCUCUUAUCAUGUUUGCAUGGAAAGUUGGUCCUGCUCUUGCCUGUGGUAACACUAUUGUCCUCAAAACUGCAGAGCAAACACCCUUGACUGCGCUCUAUGCGGCUAAGCUAUUCCAUGAGGCUGGUCUUCCGCCAGGUGUUCUAAAUGUAGUUUCAGGGUAUGGUCCUACUGCUGGUGCAGCUCUUGCAAGUCACAUGGACGUAGACAAGCUUGCUUUCACAGGAUCAACCGAUACUGGUAAAAUUGUGCUUGAAUUGGCUGCAAAAAGCAAUCUCAAACCUGUCACAUUGGAGCUUGGAGGGAAAUCACCUUUUAUAGUCUGUGAGGAUGCGGAUAUAGAUAAAGCUGUGGAGCUUGCACAUUUUGCUUUGUUCUUUAAUCAGGGACAAUGCUGCUGUGCUGGAUCUCGUACAUUUGUUCAUGAGUGUGUAUAUGAGGAGUUUAUAGAGAAGUCAAAGGCACGUGCUCUGAGGCGUGUUGUUGGUGACCCCUUCAAGGAAGGUGUUGAACAAGGUCCUCAGGUCGAUUCAGAGCAAUUCAAUAAGGUGCUAAAGUAUAUAAGAUCUGGUCUUGAAAGCAAAGCGACUCUUGAGUGCGGAGGUGAAAGAUUUGGCAGCAAAGGCUACUUCAUCCAGCCCACUGUCUUCUCUAAUGUCCAGGACGAUAUGUUGAUUGCAAAGGAUGAGAUUUUUGGUCCAGUGCAGUCAAUCUUGAAGUUCAAGGAUGUUGAUGAGGUGAUAAAAAGAGCAAAUGCAACGCGAUAUGGUCUAGCUGCAGGUGUGUUUACCAAUAACUUGAAUACUGCAAACAGGCUUAUGAGAGGAUUGAAAGCAGGGACUGUGUGGGUGAACUGCUUUGAUGUGUUUGAUGCUGCAAUUCCUUUUGGUGGGUAUAAGAUGAGUGGUAUUGGCAGGGAAAAGGGAAUCUACAGCCUCAAUAGCUAUUUGCAGGUGAAGGCAGUGGUUACCCCUCUCAAGAAUCCAGCUUGGUUGUAAUUUAAUUUGCUCGGUGUUAGAACAUCAUCAAGGCCUCACUUUUUCUUGUCUUGCAAAUAAGGACAUCUUACUUAAUACCGGUGGGUUUGCAGAGAAAACUUUCUGAAUAAAAUUUGUUUGCUUUUCUUGGUUGGUUAGCUAGCAUAAGACUCAAACUCAGAGAUGUUAUUGGUGUAAUUAUAUCAUCUAAGCUAAGGCUUAUUUGAAAAAAGAAAUUAGUUUCUAUCUUGUUAA